AUGUUUGAAAGAUUCACUGAGAAGGCUAUCAAAGUUAUUAUGCUUGCUCAGGAGGAAGCCAGAAGACUUGGCCACAAUUUUAUGGGAACUGAACAAAUUCUUCUAGGUCUCAUUGGUGAAGGUACUGGAAUUGCUGCUAAAGUUUUGAAAUCCAUGGGGAUUAACCUAAAAGAUGCACGUGUGGAGGUUGAGAAGAUUAUUGGAAGGGGCAGUGGCUUUGUUGCUGUUGAGAUCCCAUUCACUCCUCGUGCCAAGCAUGUUCUUGAACUCACUCUAGAGGAAGCUCGCCAACUUGGUCACAACUAUAUUGCAUCCGAGCACCUUCUGCUUGGGUUGCUACGUGAAGGUGAAAGUGUUGCAGUUCGUGUCCUUGAAAAGUUAGGUGCUGAUCCUAGUAAUAUUCGCACUCAGGUGAUACACAUGGUGGGUGAGAACAAUGAGGUAACUGCUAACGUUGGGGGAGGAAGCAGUGCUGAUCCUAGUAAUAUUCGCACUCAGGUGAUACGCAUGGUGGGUGAGAACAAUGAGGUAACCGCUAACGUUGGGGGAGGAAGCAGUAACAAUAAGAUGCCAACCCUUGAAGAGUACGGGACAAACUUGACGAAACUGGCUGAGGAGGGUAAAUUGGACCCAGUUGUUGGAAGGCAGCCGCAAAUAGAACGUGUGGUGCAAAUUCUUGGCAGGAGAACCAAGAACAACCCUUGUCUUAUUGGAGAACCUGGUGUUGGUAAGACAGCUAUUGCUGAAGGACUUGCGCAACAUUNUCUAGGUCUCAUUGGUGAAGGUACUGGUAUUGCUGCUAAAGUUUUGAAAUCCAUGGGGAUUAACCUAAAAGAUGCACGUGUGGAGGUUGAGAAGAUUAUUGGAAGGGGCAGUGGCUUUGUUGCUGUUGAGAUCCCAUUCACUCCUCGUGCCAAGCAUGUUCUUGAACUCACUCUAGAGGAAGCUCGCCAACUUGGUCACAACUAUAUUGCAUCCGAGCACCUUCUGCUUGGGUUGCUACGUGAAGGUGAAAGUGUUGCAGUUCGUGUCCUUGAAAAGUUAGGUGCUGAUCCUAGUAAUAUUCGCACUCAGGUGAUACACAUGGUGGGUGAGAACAAUGAGGUAACUGCUAACGUUGGGGGAGGAAGCAGUAACAAUAAGAUGCCAACCCUUGAAGAGUACGGGACAAACUUGACGAAACUGGCUGAGGAGGGUAAAUUGGACCCAGUUGUUGGAAGGCAGCCGCAAGUAGAACGUGUGGUGCAAAUUCUUGGCAGGAGAACCAAGAACAACCCUUGUCUUAUUGGAGAACCUGGUGUUGGUAAGACAGCUAUUGCUGAAGGACUUGCGCAACGUAUUGCCAGUGGAGAUGUUCCUGAAACCAUUGAAGGGAAGAAGGUUAUAACACUUGACAUGGGUCUUCUAGUUGCUGGAACAAAAUAUCGUGGAGAGUUUGAAGAGAGAUUAAAAAAGCUUAUGGAGGAAAUUAGACAGAGCGACGAGAUAAUCUUGUUUAUCGAUGAAGUGCAUACUUUGAUUGGGGCUGGAGCAGCGGAAGGUGCAAUUGAUGCAGCUAACAUUUUGAAACCAGCUCUCGCUAGAGGUGACAUGCAGUGCAUUGGAGCGACAACGUUAGAUGAAUACAGAAAGCACAUUGAGAAAGACCCUGCAUUGGAAAGAAGAUUCCAGCCAGUGAAAGUACCUGAACCUACCGUGGAUGAAACUAUUCAAAUCCUUAAGGGACUGCGAGAGCGAUAUGAAAUUCACCACAAGCUUCGUUACACUGACGAUUCUUUAGUAGCAGCUGCUCAGUUGUCAUACCAGUAUAUAAGUGAUCGUUUCCUUGCUGACAAGGCAAUUGACUUGAUCGAUGAAGCUGGUUCUCAGGUUCAACUUCGUCAUGCACAGGUCCCGGAGGAAGCUUGGGAGCUUGAGAAAGAGCUUAGGCAGAUAAGAAAGGAGAAGAAUGAAGCUGUCCGUGGCCAAGACUUUGAGAAGGCUGGGGCACUUCGGGAUAGAGAAAUUGAACUUACAGCGGAGGUAUCUGCUAUCAAAGCAAAGGGAAAGGAGAUGACCAAAGCAGAGAGUGAAACCGGUGAGGAAGGUCCUAUGGUCACGGAGUCAGACAUCCAACACACUGUAUCUUCGUGGACUGGUAUUCCCGUAGAGAAAGUAUCAACCGAUGAGUCUGAUCGCCUUCUCAAGAUGCAAAGAAACUAUUCAAAUCCUCAAGGGUCUCUCUGAGAGCGAUAUGAAAUA